GACACAAACCCUAGACUCUUAUUAGAUCGUUUGCUGGGUCGCCUCCGAAAACACACACAAUUCUGCAGCAGUCGCACCGGCGAAACCAGCAGCCGCAAUGGUGAAGUAUUCGAAGGAGCCAGAGAACCCUACCAAAUCUUGCAAAGCCAGAGGAUCCGAUCUCAGGUGCCAUUUCAAGAACACUAGAGAAACUGCACAUGCUAUUCGUAAGUUGCCUUUAAUCAAGGCUAAGAGAUACUUGGAGGAUGUUCUUGUUCAUAAACAAGCAAUUCCAUUCACACGUUUCUGUCGUGGAGUUGGACGUACUGCACAGGCAAAGAAUCGCCACUCAAAUGGGCAAGGACGUUGGCCUGCUAAAUCCGCAAAAUUCAUUCUGGACUUGCUAAAGAAUGCUGAGAGUAAUGCAGAAGUCAAAGGGUUGGAUGUGGAUGCUCUCCAUAUCUCCCACAUUCAGGUGAACCAAGCACAAAAGCAGAGACGUCGCACAUACCGUGCUCAUGGAAGAAUCAAUCCUUACAUGUCUUCCCCCUGUCAUAUCGAACUGACUUUGUCCGAGAAGGAAGAACCUGUCAAGAAAGAGGCCGAGACUCAGUUGGCUCCUAGAAAGAACAAGAAUCAAGCUUAACUUGCGGAUUUUGCAGCCCCGUCUCUUUGUGGUUUGAUGACAGAACAAGUUCUUUUCAUUUUUUCGAUGCGUUUUUCAUCUUAGAUACUCGUAAUGAAUGUUCGUUUCGAUUACAAGAACUUCAUAGCUGAAGUUGAGUGAAUCAUUUAAAAGUUGUCUCAGAAAUUUUAUAUGCUUGCAAUGGUUUUGUUACAACUAUUAUGAAGCUUACUUUUGCCCUCAUUUUUGUUGAUGUGUUUGAUGAUUUAUGAACGUGAUUUCAU